AUCGACAACUUCAGCGCUCACUUUGUUGCAAGACAUGCUACGCAGUCGCCCUGGGCCCGCCCGCUGGUUUUUUUAGCGCACCGCGCGACACCAGCGGCAGCGGCUCCUCCAACCGCGUCUAUCGGUGUAGGUGGAGCGGCGCGGCGCACCCAGGAAGGGCUGGACGAGCCGAGCGCAAUGCCCCAGUAUUGAUCAGAAAGCUGCGAGCUCACGCGCGCGGCUGGCUGGCCGGCUCACUCGCCCCGCGUACGGACUAAGCCCGGGCAGAGGCACGCGAAUACGACGACGCGCCCACCGGAGUCGCAGGCGUCCCAUGGACGCGUGCUCCCGCCGCAUUCUCCCAUGGCCGAAGCGACCAACGCCGCUGCCCUCGGGGACGACAACUGCCUGCUUCCACCACCUCGAAUCCUUCGUCUUGCCACGGACCCACCACGAAGAACCUCUAUUCCACGUGUCACGUUGUGCACGGGUGCCCAGGAAAACGGGAACCGUUCUCGGAGAGCCAGCGUAUCGCCAACGUUCAAGCCUUCCGAGGGGACCGGAGGACCUUCCGCCCCUACUGCUUCGUCCGACACCAGUCCGCGCGUCGUCGUUGUUCCAGCUCUGUGCACGAGUGUUGUUGACCCAGCGGGACAGGACCUUCCACCCCUGUUUUUCCCGUCGAGUGCUCAAGAAGAAACGACGACUUUCGGUUUCCUGAGUCCGGGACAGCAACUGGCCACGGCGACAGCGAUGCGAAGCUGCCGUACUUUGGCUGUGCUUCUGAGACUGCGCGUUACCCAAAUCGUUCUGGGAAUCGUGACGCUUGUUCUGGGCGCCUCCGCCUGCCUCGAUCCUCGCGCCCGCGAAACAUUGGCGUUUGGCGUGCCGACAGGUUCUCUUACCCUGCUGGCCGCUUCUGGACACGUGCGUGCUGUGCGCAGAGAAGGGCCAACUGGCCUGCAGCGCAGUUCCUGCCCGCGUCCAGCAGUACUCUGUGUGGCCGUUGUGGCCGUUAUCGCCAACGCUUUCCUCCUGGCGCUCUCCCUGAUGUCUGCUGGCACUGGCAGUUCUCAGAACCAACGCUCGCUCGGUGUUCUGUUGACUUGCACGACUUUGCCCGUGCUUCUGGUAGAGACAGCCGCAUCGCUCGUGCGGUGGGCGUGGGCGAGUCGCAAGUGGACAGUGUGACUGCGCAGGUGUGGGCCACGACCACGUGUCUGUAGUGUAUCACUUGACUGCCAGUUCAAUCAUUCACUGGUCAAACAGUAUGGCGUGAGCACACACAGUUCCCGCGUCCACGUAAAUGUCAUGGUGAUUGUGUAAUACACGCGAUUAGAGGGCAACAAAAUUUGCAUACGCAAAUUUUUUGGUGUUGUUCUUUUUAUCCGCAAAUAUUAGGGAUACCAAGGGCGCGUGCCUAACACGCAAAUGUUGCCCAAAGCUGCGUGCUCCUGUGAUACUGGAUUCCUGAAUAUUGACUUGGUAGGGAAUGUCUUCAUCACCCCAGCAGUACAGAAAUGAAGAGCAUUCCAGGCGAUGCAGCUGAUUUGGGUGAGUUUGCGGUAAACUACUUCGCACCUGAACACACCUACAGUGCGUUACGCUAUGUACCGCACACACCUUCCUUAUUCUAAAGGGCGAUUUGUUGUUUGUGCAAAACUCCUCCCAUGACGUGCCAUUAAAAU